AUGGACCUCCCGACGCUGCAAAAGCUAUCGCGUCCCGGAGUGACGGCGCUUGUCGCUUUCCUGGCCUUCACUUCACAGUGGUUGUUCUACCACAUCGAGCCCGGCCCGCUCCGAAAAGGGGACGCGUAUUUGUUCAACUCGCUCGUCGCCAGCCUCCUCAUCUGCUACUGGAGAACGUGUCUCACAGACCCAGGCAAGAUUCCCAAAGACUGGAUAGAAGGCGUGCGAGAUCGAGGCUCCACUUCCCAGCAAUCGGCGUCCGCCGCAGCACAGAGCAACCGAUGGUGCAGGAAAUGCGAGGCCUUCAAGCCACCAAGAGCGCAUCAUUGUAAGACCUGCAAGCGGUGAGUUGUCUACCGGUGUCAAGCACGUCGUACUGAAUACCGUAUUGACGGUCUGAAGCUGUGUCGCCAAGAUGGACCAUCAUUGUGUCUGGACAGGUAGGCAACAUGUUCCAUAUGGAUUCAUUGGGGAAUGGUAAGUAACUUUCUGAACCAGCCAAUUGUGUUUCACACAUCACCAUUCCUCAUUUCAUUCGAUUCUUAUUCUACGCGGUGGUAUCCAUGAUUUACUUGGAGACCUUCCUCUACUUUCGAGUUGCUGUGCUCUGGCAAAAGCGCCACCUACCAAGCGUAUGUAUAUGCCGCCUGAGGAAGGACCAGACAACACAACUUACAAGUCGUAGUAUCUCGGGCCCUCCGUCUUCACACUAGCACAUCUCUUUGUUCUCUCUGCUGUCAACUCACUUGUGCUCUUCGCGCUGCUUCUCCUCUUUGGCCGUACAAUAUGGUCACUUGCGGUGAACACAUGGACAAUCGAAGGAUGGGAGAUCGAACGGCACCACACGCUUCUACGCCGCGCUCGCGUUCUCGGCGGUGUUCUUGACGGCCCGGAUGGAACAAAGGUGCGAAUCGAACACCAGGAAUUUCCCUGGGACAUUGGCAUUUGGGCAAAUAUUUGCCAGGGCAUGGGUACCGCGAAUCCAAUCGCAUGGUUCUGGCCUUUUGCUCGCAGUCUGCGUGUCGAGAGCGCGUUGUCUUUCGAGCACAACGAAAUCGACGGUAUGAUCACACAUCCUGCUCGCACGACAGUUCACUGACACUUUGCAGACCCCAGCAAGCCUUGGCCACCUCCGGAUCCAGAUCGACUGUUCCGGGUGCCGAGGAGGACCUUCGAGGGAGACGGCUUCACCAAAUCCUUGGACAUAGCCGAAUUCAAGAAGCGACAAGCGGCGGACAUUGCACGCUACGAAGACGCGGACGGGGAAUACGUCGUGCACAGACGACCUUUCCACGAGCGGCUGCAGGAAGCGACUAGGCAAACAGACACCUUCUACGCAGACGAUCAUGCCAUCGAGACAGACGAAGACUCGAGCGAGGAGGAAGAGGAUCCACGAGGAGGCUCACGCAAACGGGAGGACGAGGGCGAAGAGGCAUGGCGGAACGAAGAAGGCGAGCGCUUAGCUGAUUUUGGCGUGGAUGAGGUCGCGGAAUUCUAUGAUGAGGACGAUGUUCCUCUCGCUGAGCUGUUGCGUCGCCGGCGAGUCUAA